GAUCACAUUUAAGCUGUGGUCAGUCACCAAAUAGUUGAGUAAUAUGAGAGUAAUUUACUCUACAACUCACCACCACCAUGCCUGGUUGUAUACCUUCUGCCUGCUGUUUGCCUGGCUAUGUGAUGGGCGUCAGACCAGAAUUAUACGACUCUACUUGAACCUACCUGACCACCAUCGGACACUCCGGGCGCUGACGCACAGAGACCCAUGGGAAAUAAACACAGAUGUCUGUCCCCCGUCAUUGUGCGCCUGGCACGAAGAGUCGAAAGCCCACAAACCCCGGGUAGCAGGUGGGUUAUCCCGAUCCCUUAAUAAUUACCUCCGUGGCACCGAGACUGAGAGAGACACAGAUCCCGUGGGUACACAUGACAGCUCGCCAUUUUUAACGGGACAUUGUCCUGGACGACGAGCUAAGGUUCCAGAUGUUUGACAACGUCGGUCAGACAUCUCAGCGUCGACGUCGGACAAAACGUGCCGCUGUUCGGCGUAAAUCGCGGCUUUGGCCAAAGGGGAAGGUUCCAUACGUCAUCGACAAGGACAUGCCCAAGAAUACUGAGAACGUUAUCAAGAAAGCCAUGGCACAUAUAGAGGAGCACACGUGUAUACGAUUUGUCAGGAGGAAGUCUAAAGACGAGGACUAUCUCUACUUUAUCAACGAACCUGGAUGCUGGUCGUCCAUUGGUCGAGUAAAAGGUCAGCAGAAGAUCAGCAUGGGAGACGGCUGUCACUUCUUUGGAACGGUGCUGCACGAGACGGUGCACGCGUUAGGAUUCUGGCACGAGCAGAGUCGUCCAGACAGGGAUAAGUACAUCCGGGUUCUGAGGGACAAUAUUCCAGACAAAUAUAUGAAGGAUUUCGAGAAGAUAAAGACCACUAUGACAUCCUCGAGGGGAUUCCCUUACGACUACAGAAGUGUGACUCAUUACAGUCAGACGGCGUUUACUAAGAAUGGAAAAAACACGAUACAGGUUAUUGGUCCGGGUAAGAGGUUAAGGCUGAAGAUCGGCCAGAGGAAGGGACUGAGUAACCUAGACAUCGCUCAGCUCAAUGAUAUGUACAAGUGUAACCGACGACGGGAUUCCAACGACACAGUUUGUGAGAAAGGUUGGCAGAAAUUCAGGAGAAGCUGUUACAAGUUCAACGUCUAUCCAAAGUCGCAAUUCGCGGCUGCCAGCAAACAUUGCUUUACCACCGGGUCCAAGCUUGUUAGCAUCGACAGUGCCAAAGAAGACCAAUUUCUCAAGAAUCACCUGAAGAAGCACCAUUCUCACGUCCAAAUAUGGCGGACAGGCGGAAGGAAAAUCCAGCACAAAUUUGUAUGGUAUAACGUGGCCAAGAAAAAAGACCGACCAAUGAAAUUUAGCCAUUGGGUCAAGGGACAUCCGGGCACUCACAGCACCUUGGCACUGGUCAGGAAGGAGAGGGGCAAAGGUUUUGGUUGGGAAGGCGUGUGGGCGGGCUCUGAGUAUCAACUUCCCAAUUACGCCUACCCAUUUAUUUGUGAGAAGAAAGCCAAGCGGAAGUGUUUCAAAAGUAAACACAAAGACGGACGGGAUUAUCGCGGGAAGUUGAGUCACACUGAGUCGGGGAUCACCUGCCAGACGUGGACCUCAAAAUGGCCUCACAAACACCUAGUCCAUGUGACCCCUAAAACCAGGCUCAGUGACGGGCUAGGAGUCCACAAUUACUGUCGAAAUCCAUCCGCUGUGCGUAGAAAAUGGCCUUGGUGCUUCACCACGAAAUUAAGUAGUGAGUGGGAGUAUUGUGACGUAACCAUAUGUAAAUAAAAUGCAUAAUUAUAUAACAGACUUAGGGGAACGUCGUCCUUCCACAUUGCCCAAGGGUUCCCGUCUACCAAAACGCACAUUAGGCUUUAGCUCUGAGAUCGGUUGGUCAUGUUCCCAGCUUAGCCUUCACAUUAAACGUUCUGAGCCCUUACAGUCACUAACCAGGAACUCGAUCCUGUCACCUGUGCUCUCUCCAAAGACCUUAAAGUAAUUCUGAAGUCAUACGUCAUUAUGUGGGAAUAAUAAAGACCCUAACCACGUCAUUUUGCCAUACUAUAGCUAUCUAAAGUGACGACACAAAACCUAGGAGCUCUCCCGCACCAUCGGUAUUAAACAAUGUCACAGUGGCAUAAUACAAACAAAAACAACCAAAGAGUAUCAGCUCUGUUCCAUAUUCAAAGGGCCGAUGUUUCGUUUAGUUUGGCGCUCGCUCAGGUCGAUGUUCAUGGACACAUGCGUCGUGUUUUAGCAGUCCUGCUCGUCCUCGUCUUGCAUAGGUGUAAACAUUUACAACAUCACAAUAUUUCUCUUCAAACAAUGACCAUGACUAUGAUAAACAAAGGCGCUUUUCCUGCCAGCACGCACGCAUUGUGACAUGGGCAGCAGUUUUCAGUUCUCUGAUCAUAAAUGUGUGGUCCAAAAUGCAUCAAUUUAACACCCAAACUAACCGCAAUUUUAUUGCAUCGAUAUCUCUCUAUCCACUAUUCAUAAGGGCUUCUACAACAUUGCUACUUAGAGUGAAUUGUCCGUCAGUGCCAUACCCUCAAUGCUGAACUUCAUCCCUCUCGGAUUUCAAAACUUUAUAGAUUUUUAAAAACAUUUUUGUCAAUGAUAACUGUGCCCUAUAUCCUUUUUUCUAUGUAUACAUAGCGGCAGGUUUUAUGCUCACUUGAAGUGUGAUAUGGAAAUACACAUAUUAGCUAGUAGACCUGUAUCUACCUGUCAAAAACCUGAGGGACCUUACGGUGACACUGGAUGAAUGGAUUGAUUGUUUUGUUGACUGUUGGAAUUUCCACUAUACCCGUGAUUCCAUAAUAAGAUUUGGCUCGAGGAAGCUGUCUGCUUGUCGCAUACGUGUAACAACUUCGGUAUUAUUGAUCAUAGCAUUGUAUAUUAACCAUUAAGCCAUGCGGCACUGCUUGUAUCCAGUGUUUGUGUGACACAAGGCCGGAUCAGCAACUGUUAACAGUAUUGUGUAUAUACUAUAUACCUUAUACAAUAUGCAGGCAU